CCAAUCACAGCAGGGCGGGCCGUGUCCUCCCAGCCAGUCGGGGUGGAGGUCGCGCUAUAAAAGUCAGCGUCCAACACCUGGCACACUUGGGCAACCCCUACAUUUGGUGGACAGGAUCUGAUCCCGGGAUCUGUUACGUCUUUGUUUCCUCCUGAGCAGUUGGAGCAGGAAUCGCAGCCAUGGCCAAAAAUUGUCACAACGACUACAAGAUGAAGUUCUCGGUGGACGACGAAUACCCCGAUCUGUCCCAGCACAACAACCAUAUGGCCAAGGUGCUGACCAAGGAGAUCUACGGCAAGCUGAGGGGCAAGUCCACCCCCAGCGGCUUCACCGUGGAUGACGUCAUCCAGACUGGUGUGGACAACCCCGGACACCCCUUCAUCAUGACGGUGGGCUGCGUGGCCGGCGACGAGGAGUGCUACGAGAUCUUCAAGGACCUGCUGGACCCCGUCAUCUCCGACCGUCACAACGGAUACGGACCCAAUGACAAGCACAAGACUGACCUGAACUUCGAGAACCUGAAGGGCGGAGAUGACCUGGACCCCAACUACGUUCUGUCCAGCCGCGUUCGUACCGGCCGCAGCAUUAAGGGCUUCACCCUGCCGCCACACACCAGCCGUGGAGAGCGCAGAGGCAUCCAGAAGCUCUCCAUUGAGGCCCUGGCCAGCCUGGAGGGCGAGUUCAAGGGCAAGUACUACCCCCUGGACGGCAUGACCGACGCCGAGCAGGAGCAGCUGAUCGCCGACCACUUCCUGUUUGACAAGCCCGUGUCCCCGCUGCUGACAUGCGCCGGCAUGGCCCGCGACUGGCCCGACGCCAGGGGCAUCUGGCACAACGACAACAAGACGUUCCUGGUGUGGGUGAACGAGGAGGACCACCUGCGCGUCAUCGCCAUGCAGAAGGGGGGCAACAUGAAAGAAGUGUUCAGACGCUUCUGCGUUGGUCUGCAGAAGAUCGAGGAGAUCUUCAAGAAGCACAACCAUGGCUUCAUGUGGAACGAGCACCUGGGCUUCAUCCUCACGUGCCCCUCCAACCUGGGCACCGGCCUGCGCGGUGGCGUCCACGUCAAGCUGCCCAAGCUCAGCACGCACCCCAAGUUCGAGGAGAUCCUCACCAGACUGCGCCUGCAGAAGCGCGGCACAGGUGGCGUGGACACGGCCUCUGUGGGCGGCGUGUUCGACAUCUCCAACGCCGAUCGUCUGGGAUCUUCCGAGGUGGACCAGGUUCAGCUGGUGGUGGAUGGCGUCAAGCUGAUGGUGGAGAUGGAGAAGAAGCUGGAGAAGGGCGAGUCCAUCGACGGCAUGAUCCCCGCCCAGAAGUAAAUGAAAAGACCAACAACCCCUGCGGUGACUGCCUGUGUUGUUGUUGUUUUUUAUAUAAAAAAACAAAACCAAAAUGAAGCCUGUUUGUCUUUGGACAACAUCAGUAUCCUCCCUUCCUUUCCUUUCUCCUCUGUCACAUCCUGGGAUCAAUCCAUCCGCUCACUAUUUCUCUGGUUGUAAAUUAGAACUGGACUAAUAAACAAAAGCCCCAUUCAAAAACAAA